GAAUAAUAUAAUAAAGAGUUAGUUUACUAAUGUUCUCUACUAAGGAGCAAUUAAUAAAACGCACUGGAAAAAAUCCCAUCGGUCGUUAUGAUUUUUUGAAACUUCUCGCUACGGAAUUUAAGACUACUAAAUCUAAAGAAUUUUUUGUCAUAGAAGCGAAAGAGCAGGUAUUAGCGAACCUUGCCAAUUUCUCGUAUGAUCCUAUUAAUUACGGAUAUAUAAGGCAACUUCAAAUAAUUGAUUUGUUUCUUCAUACUUUGUCGGAAGAUAAUGUUAAAUUGGUACGUUUCGCAGCGGGAGGUAUUUGUAAUCUAUCCACUGAUCCAAUAAACAAGUUGUACAUUUUACGUAAUCACGGCAUUAAAUUAUUGACAUCUUUGCUUUGUUCGCAAGACGAAGAUAUCAUACUUUCAACAAUUACUAGUUUGAUAUUUUUAAGUGUACACGAAUACAAGGAUCAAAUAACAAUUGAAACAUUUGAGAAAAUCACUGAUCUUGCGAAACACGAAAGUAAUCGCAUACAAAAUUUAGCAACAGUAUUUUUGAAUGACUAUAACAAAGCAAAAGCUGAAAUCGAAAGUACAGAAAAUAUAUAAAUUAAUAUCCCAGAAUAUUGUACAGUAACAUUUACAUUAAAAGUAAAAUGAAGCUGACAAAGACAUUUUUUGAAUUUUUAAAGAAAUAUUGUACAGGAGUUUCUGACUUGAUGAACAAAUCAACUGUUUUAAG